CAGCUGUCAACCAAUAGAGGAACAUAAAUAAAGAAAAGCUGGUGUUCUGAACUUCCGGGUGUUCAAAUGGGUCACCGCUUCUCCAAACGCAAGCUGGAGGGCACAGAGAACUUGUCCCCAGGUCGCUUUUCGGUCAGUGAAGAGGCUCCGCCGCAUUACUCCUCUUACAGCACCGGCAGUGAGAUGGCUGUCAGCAUGGAAACUCCGACACAAAGGCCGUCAGAAGUUGUGAACUCAAGGCAGGACAAUAGACGACCUUCCAUAUACAGCACCAUGGAUGCCAUGCCGCAUCUCGAGUUUUAUGCCAACGCCACCGCCACGGGCCGCAUCCGGCGCUGCAGGCCAUCGUUGGAGACGCUGCGCAAGACUGUUGAUGAUGCAGAAUCCGGCAGUAACAUGGGAGACUCUGGUAGGGGAAGCGUUUCAGCACUACAGGAGAGUGAAAUCGAGUCCGAGGAAAACGGGCCAGGAGGAAAGACCGCCCAGCCCGUACGCUUUGGAUGGAUCACCGGGGUUAUGAUUCGCUGUAUGUUGAAUAUCUGGGGAGUCAUUCUGUUCCUGCGAUUGUCCUGGAUCACAUCUCAAGCAGGAAUCCUUCUUACAUGGUUAAUCAUACUGAUGUCAGUCCUUGUGACCUCCAUAACCGCUCUGUCUGUAUCUGCCAUUUCCACCAAUGGAAGAGUCUCUUCUGGCGGUGCGUACUUCAUGAUCUCCCGUACUCUGGGUCCUGAGUUGGGGGGUCCCAUCGGCGUGGUGUUUUCUUUCGCCAAUGCUCUCGCUUGCGCGCUCAACACGGUGGGAUUUGCAGAGACUGUCAGAGAUCUUCUCAUUGAAUAUGACUCACAAAUUGUGGAUUCAGUCAAUGACGUCCGAAUUAUAGGAUCUAUCACAGUCACUGUGCUGCUUCUCAUAUCAUUGGCUGGGAUGGAGUGGGAAUCGAAGACUCAGAUCCUGUUCUUCUUGGUUCUUAUGGUGUCUUUCGUCAACUAUUUUGUUGGCACUUUGAUUCCAGCGACUCCCCAGAAACAGUCCAUAGGUGUCUUCGGUUACCGCAGUGAGAUCUUCUUGGAGAACCUCUUCCCAGACUGGAGAGGGGCAGACGGCGACUUCUUCCGAAUGUUUGCCAUCUUCUUCCCAUCUGCCAUUGGGAUCCUUGCUGGAGCAAACAUCUCAGGAGAUCUGAAGGAGCCUGAGAUUGCCAUCCCAAGAGGGACACUGAUGGCCAUAUUCUGGACCACCGUCAGCUAUUUAGCCAUUUCUUCAACUGUAGGAGCGUGUGUGCUGCGCGACGCCUCCGGGAGCAUGAACGACAGUCUGCCGCUGAACUUCAGCGAGCCGUGUGAGGGUCUGAGCUGCGGUCUGGGCUGGAACUUCACCGAGUGUCAGCAGAGCGGUACCUGCACCUUCGGCCUCGCUAAUAACUUCCAGGUCCUGAUCCAGGUCUCCGGCUUUGGUCCGUUGAUCUAUGCGGGCAUAUUUGCGGCCACCCUUUCAUCCGCCCUUGCGUUCCUCGUCUCCGCACCCAAAGUCUUCCAGUGUCUCUGCAAAGACAACAUCUACCCAUUCAUCGGCUUCUUUGCAAAGGGUUACGGGAAAAACAACGAGCCACUGCGAGCAUAUCUGCUGUGUUACAUCAUCGCCAUGUGCUUCAUUCUGAUUGCUGAGCUGAACGUAAUCGCUCCUCUGAUCUCCAACUUCUUCCUCUGUUCUUACGCUCUCAUCAACUUCAGCUGUUUUCACGCUUCUAUCACUAAUUCUCCCGGAUGGAGGCCAUCAUUUCGGUAUUUCAGCCCCUGGACGGGUUUGUUUGGUGCCGUUAUUUCUGUGGUACUGAUGUUCCUGCUCACCUGGUGGGCGGCGCUUAUUGCUUUCGGUUUAAUCAUCUUCUUAUUCGGCUACGUCGUCUAUAAGAAACCCGGGGUGAACUGGGGUUCGUCUGUCCAGGCCAGUACCUACAACAUGGCUCUGUCCUACUCCGUGUCUCUAGCAGGAGUCGAAGAUCACGUCAAAAACUACAGGCCUCAGUGUCUGGUUCUGACGGGUCCUCCGACUCUGCGUCCAGCGCUGGUGGACUUUGUGGGCUCUUUCACUAAAAAUGUCAGUUUGAUGAUUUGUGGCGACAUUCUCAUGGAUGAUGAGAAGUCUGUGUCUCAGCGCAAUUCUAAUGACAUGAUAAAGUGGCUCAAUCAGAGGAAGGUUCGUUCCUUCUACACGUCUUUCAAGGCGUCCGAUCUGAGAGAAGGAGCCCGGCAUCUUCUGCAGGCUUCUGGUUUGGGGAAGUUGAAGCCGAAUAUACUGGUGAUGGGAUUCAAAAUGAACUGGCAUGAAAGCAGCAGUAAAGGCAUAGAAGACUAUAUCAACACCAUAUAUGAUGCUUUUGACUCCAACCAUGGCGUGUGUGUUCUCCGCAUGAUGGACGGACUGGACAUCCGAGACGAGUUAGAGACUGAGGUCAACCAGGCUUUUGAGGUGGACGAGGCCAUAGAGUCUGACGAUCAGAUUUCAGACGCUGACUCAGAUGUCGACAACACAAAGAACACGGCGAACGAUCAGAUCAAAACCGUGUUCCAGAGCAAUCAAGGGAAGAAGACCAUCGACGUGUACUGGAUCUCUGACGACGGAGGUUUGACUCUGCUAGUGCCAUACUUGUUGACCAGAAGGAAAUGCUGGAGACGGAGCAAAGUCAGAGUGUUCAUCAUUGGAGAACAGCAAACCAUGGAGAACGACCGCAAGGAAAUGAUGACUUUGCUCCAGCGUUUCCGGCUGGACGUUCACGAUGUCAUCGUGGUGACGGACAGCGAAAGGCCACCACUCGCCAAAAACAUGAGGCGCUUUGAGGAAACGCUCGCCCCCUUCAGGCUGAAUGAGGGACAGCUGGACGAGAGGACGGCGCAGCAGCAGAGGACAGAGUUUACGUGGAAAGUCACGGACAAAGAGAUGGACGCACUGAGACCCAAGUCGGAGAAGAAAGUGCGGCUGAAUGAACUCAUACGGAGGAAUUCGAAGUACGCUGCACUGGUUCUAGUGUCUCUCCCCGUAGCGCAGGCAGAUUGUCCCAGUUCUCUCUAUAUGUCCUGGCUGGACACACUGAGCUACGGCAUCCACUGUCCCGUCCUGCUCAUACGAGGAAACCAGCAGAACGUCAUGACCUUCUACUGCCAGUGA